AUGACCGGCAGGGAAGAAAUCGCCCAGCGCAUGGACGCCGACGGCAUCCGCUUUUUGCUGACCCAAUUCGUCGACCUCAACGGGUCACCAAAGGCCAAGAUGGUGCCCGUUGAGCACUUCGAGGAUGUGCUGGACGAGGGCGCCGGAUUCGGGGGGGCCGCCCUUAUUGGGAUGGGUCAGGGCCCGCACUCCCACGACAUGAUGGCCCGCAUCGAUCUCGAUUCGUACACUCCCGUCCCUUGGGACGAAGGCCUCGCCCGUUUCGCCAGCGAUUUGUUCGUUGACGGCGAACCCCACCCUUACUGCCCACGGCAGCACUUCAAGUCCCUGCUAAAUAGUGCGAGAGCAGAGGGCUACGUCUUUAACGUCGGCAUCGAGCCCUGA